AUGUCGAGAUGCUACUUCCCCGAUGAAUGUCCACCGAGGACAUCCAGUCACACUGAGCCCAUCUUUAGGCCUGCACCUCCCAAGACUCCUUCUACUGAGCCUAUCUUUAGGCCUGCACCUCCCAGGACUCUUUCUACUGGGCCUAUCUUUAGGCCUGCACCUCCCAGGACUCUUUCUACUGGGCCCAUCUUUAGGCCUGCACCCCCCACUACUCCUUCUACCAAUCCCAAUUUAAAACACUUCUACGAUUUAUCUCGCCAGAUAAAAGAAGAUCUCAGGCAAUGGAUCCGCGAAAAGGCUUACCACCAUGCUUUCUUGCGUGGGAACGGUAGAUUUAUGGGUCAAAUCCGACUGCACAAUAUGCUGUGCAGCAGUUUGACAGCUAAGAUGAUACAUAUCGGCCACGAUGCGUCAGAUGUCCGUGAAGAGCUUCUGCAUCUCAUCGAGCACGAAGGAUUGAUUGCCGAACUGAUGCGGGAACAGUCCAGAAGAAUGGAAGGUGUACUCUCGGGGACAGACUUAUCGGCAGCACUGCCGGUACCUCCUGAUGAACCGGCGGUUGUGAUGUGGAUCAAAAGAACCGCAAAAGAAGUGGCCUUUUGGGAUAAAUCCCAUAAUGGGUUUGUCAAAGGAGCCUUUAUUGAUAAAACCUCCUGCUGGCGGGGAUAUAUUGAGGAGCUUGAGGCCGAAGGCAAGUUGAGGCAAAACCAGAACCAGCAGGGCGGGAUGUUUGACCAGAAAUCGGUCGGGACGUCUGAUGAAUCCAAUUCUUCUACAAGGGCCACUCAGGGUACACACAUCGAGCAAAGCAGCUUUUGCAUGAAGAAAAAAGCAAAACAUUCCCCUAUAUUCGAUAAUACCAGGGUAAUCACUCAAGAAAAAGACACCACCGGUUAUCGCAACAUAUUCCGCAGCGUACACAGUAAAUCCCGUUGCGAUUUUACAGACGCCCCCAAAACCAUUGAUGAUACGUCUGCCUCGUGUUGUGCCACAAUUGCAACUUCCUGUUCGGAAUACACUUCUCGCUUGAGGGAAAUUGACGCUAAGUCCAUAACUAUUCCGGAUCUCGGAGCCCUCCCGCCCAUUUCAAUCCCUGCGAACAUACAACAUCCAAUCCUCCGAUGUCUACAACGAAAUCUCGAAAUAGCCUUUUUCGAAUAUGCGCAAAAAUACUACCCGGAUUUUCUUGUUUCCAAUGACUUGACCCACGCUCAAGCCGUCACCCUUAAUAUCUGGACCGCCAUGUUUCACAAGGCCUGUUCCAACGGCGAGAUCUCCCUGGGGACUCGAGAUUUGAGAUCCGUCACCGUGAUCUUUGAAGAUCUUGACGAGCUGUACGAAGCCUCUGUUAAGCGCCUUAUACUAGACGGCACCAGACUCACUGAGCUUACCGCGUCUGCUGCGUACACAAUGAAGUACCUCGGAGAUCAGUAUCGUGCUGAGAGGGUCAAGGAGAUUAGCUUGGCUUUUGUAACCGCUUGCACCGACGACAUCACCAAUCGCUUCACCAAAAUCACCCAUAAGCUUCAAGAUACCAUGGAGAAGAUCGCGAUGGAGAGAAAGAGGCUCGAUAAUAUUGAGGAGAAGGUUAAGCGGAGGUUAGAGGGGGAGAUGAAGGAACUGGUUGAGCGUAUGGAGGGAUCUCUCCGUGAGGAGAUCGGGAGUCUUGGAAUUCUAGGCAGAGCUGCCAUUUGA